AUGCAGACGUUCGACCGUUCGGAUGUUACCUGUUCGGAAGGUGAGGGGCAGAAGGACACAGCCGUGUUCCUCGUCGAGGCCGGGGGCACUCUGAAGAACGCCAUUAUUGGUAAGAACCAAAAGGAAGGAGUGCACUGUGAUGACCAUGACUGUACCAUUGAGAAUGUGUGGUGGGACGACGUGUGUGAAGACGCUCUGAGUGUCAAGGGCGGAACCGCUUCCAGUGUGACUACAGUCACUAAUUGCGGCGCCCGAUCGGCCUCGGACAAGGUGGUGCAACACAAUGGUCAGGGCACAGUCAACAUCGACGGCUUCUACGCCGAGGAAUUUGGUAAACUCUACCGUUCGUGCGGUACUUGUGGUGACGUUCCCCGCAUCGUGACAAUCAAGAAUGUGUACGCGGUAGACCCUCAAGUGAGUGUCAUCACGGUGAACAAAAACUACGGUGACAAGGCUACACUUAGCAACAUUUGGGUCAAGACUUCGGACGGCAGCAACGAAGUCAAGGUCCCAGGGAGGAGCCAAACCCUUAAACCUUGGUGA